GAGUCGACCAAUGAAACGAAAGCAUUGCACCACUGUAGUUAGAUAGAGAGCGCAAGGGGCAUUUGUAGCAGUACGGAGAUCUCUGAUACGAUGCAUCAAAUAUCUUAGUGCCCCAGAAUGAGGAGUCAUCUGUUUCAGAGACAUGGAUAAAUAUGAAAAGGUGAGGAAGAUUGGGGAGGGCUCCUUCGGGAAGGCAAUUCUCGUCAAAUCCAGGGAGGAUGGAAAACAGUAUGUCAUCAAAGAGAUUGGCAUCUCCCGGAUGUCUAGUAAAGAGAGACAGGAGUCCCGUAAAGAAGUGGCUGUUCUGGCCAACAUGAGCCAUCCCAACAUCGUCCAGUACAAAGAGUCCUUUGAAGAGUGUGGAUGUCUGUACAUCGUAAUGGAUUACUGUGAGGGAGGAGACCUAUUCAAGACGAUCAACUCUCAGAAAGGAGUGCAGUUCCCUGAGGAGCAGAUCCUGGAUUGGUUGGUGCAGAUAUGCCUCGCCUUGAAGCAUGUACAUGACCGUAAGAUCCUCCACAGAGACAUCAAAUCACAGAACAUAUUUCUGACCAAAGAUGGAACCAUACAGCUAGGAGACUUUGGGAUUGCCAGGGUGCUGAAUAGUACUGUGGAGCUAGCCAGGACAUGUAUCGGGACGCCAUACUACCUGUCACCUGAGAUUUGUGAAAACAAACCGUACAACAACAAAAGUGAUGUUUGGGCCCUGGGGUGUGUCCUGUAUGAAAUGUGCACGCUAAAGCAUGCAUUUGAGGCAGGUAAUAUGAAGAACCUGGUUCUGAAGAUCAUCCGGGGCUCGUACCCCCCUGUGUCGAUCCACUACUCCCAGGACCUUCGCUCUCUCAUGGGCCAACUGUUCAGACGCAACCCCCGGGAGAGACCCUCUGUCAGCUCUAUCCUCGACAAACCCUUCCUCUCCCACAGAAUCUUCAGGUUCCUCACCCCAGAGAUUAUCGCUCAGGAAUUCAGCCAUAGCUUCCUCCACAAGCAGCCUAAAGCAGGUGUGAUGCAGGCGGCAUCAGCCAAGCGUCGCGCCCCUGCUCCCAUGCCUGUAACUCCAGCCCAGAAGAUCACCAAACCAGCCGCCAAAUAUGGAGUGCCUUUAAAUGUCAGGAAAGCCUCAGAUGCAGCCAUGAAACCUGCAGAGUGGAAACCAGCCGUCAAACACAAGAUGGCCCCCGUCCCCCUCCCAGCAGUACCCCAGAGGAGAGUGAGUCGAGUGGAGGAAGAGAGGAGGAAAUAUGAGGAAGGUGCCAGGAAGAAAAGGAUGGAGCUGAUUGAGAAAGAGAGGAAACAGAGGGAGCAGAUGUUUCUGUUGAAGGCUGGACAGAUGAAGAGAUAUGAGCGGGAAAAGAUAAACCGGAUCAACCGAGCUCGAGAGCAGGGCUGGAGGCACGUCCUGAGCUCUAGUGGAGGCAGCAGUCCAGAGAGGAAGUGUUUUGUAGGAGGUGGUGGUAUGAUGGCUGGGUUUGCAGCUCCUGUCCCAGAGCCCCUGCUUCCUGCUCCAUGUCCUGCCCAGGGCCCCACCCCAGGCCCUGCCCCGCUCUCGCCUAGCAGGGGCCCGUAUGAACACUACCAUCCUGCUCUGGACCAGCUGGCCAAACCUCAGCCCAAAGACGGUGCCAGAGAGGGAUUCACAGCAGGAGGAGACACUCCUGUUAGGGGUGUGCCAGCUGCUGCCAGCUCAGUGCUGCCCAAUGGCCCUGCUCGUCUCCCAGACCCUGAUGUGGUGAAGAGAGAGCUACGGAGGCUAGAGCAACGGGGUCACGCAGCAGCUGAACGGGCCAAUCAGGUUCAGGAGUUUCUGCAGCGUAAGAGAGAUGCCAUGCUGAACAAGGUCCGCGCUGAGGGACAGCUGGGUGCCCGGCAAAACCUGGCAGCCAUCUAUGGUCGGUCCAGCUACAGCAGGCCCAAACCCAACAAAGAGGAGGAGGAGUACCUGUCCCGGCUGAGGCAGAUCAGGCUACAGAACUUCAAUGAGAGACAGCAGAUUAAAGCACGCCUCAGAGGAGUGAAGUACGACAGUGACGGCUCAGACGGCAAGGAGUCCUGUGAGGAGACAGAGCUGAGGAGAAAGAAGAUUGAAGCCCUCAAGGCCCAAGCGCAGGCCCGUGCUGCUGUGUUGAAGGAGCAGCUAGAGAAAAAAAGGAGAGAGGCCUAUGAGAGAGAAAAGAGAGCCUGGGAGGAUCAUCUUGCAGCUCGAGGCGUGAAGUUUGGAAUGGUAGCAGGAGGUGUAGCAGUAGAGCUAGCUCCUCCCCCUCGGCCUGGCCCCUCCCUCCCUGUACAGGACUUUGUAGCUAGAGCCCAGCCUGCAUCCAAACCCCCCACCCCUGUCAUCUCCAUGACUUCUGCUCUGAAGGACGUGGGAGCACAGCUUGCGUCUGUGCAGAGCUCUUUUAAAGAUGACUUUCCUAAAACGGACGUCAUUAAGAGUGAGAAGAAGGAUAUUCUCCGGAGACUGAAUCAGAACUUGAAGGCCCAGAGCCCUGAGGAGGAGGUGUCAACCACACCCUCAGAAGAACUAUGCCUCACCCCCCAGCAGAGCCAGCCUAUCGCAGAAGAGAGACCAUCCUCUGGUGGGGACAGAAAGAAGUGGGAGGCUGUAGCUCCGUCUAUUCUCUCUGUAGCCCAGCAGACUCUAGAAGAGACCUGUAUCAGAACGACUGGCUCUCAGGCUCUGUCUCCAGAGGAGAGACCGUCCUCUGGUGGGGACAGGAAGAAGUGGGAGGCUGUAGCUCCGUCUAUUCUCUCUGUAGCUCAGCAGACUCUAGAAGAGACCUGUAUCAGAACGACUGGCUCUCAGGCUCUGUCUCCAGAGGAGAGACCGUCCUCUGGUGGGGACAGGAAGAAAUGGGAGGCUGGAUCUCCGUCUAUUCUCUCUGUAGCUCAGCAAACCCUAGAGGAUACCUGUAUCAGGACUGCUGAACAGACAGUGGGUGAGGUCAUUCGGAUGGAUGUGCUACAGGACGACGCCCCUAGAAAAGCAUGGGGGCGGAGCCCAGAUUCUCAGGUGCUGAGAGUUCUACAGGAGGCGGAGCUUCAGCCUCUUACCCAGCUGCUGGGGAAUGUCAACAUCUGUGAAGAGAAACUCACUGACAACUUGAAUCAGACUGCUAAGAUGGUUGGCGUGAGUGGAACUAAGGAAGUGAUGCAUUCAGAGGCAAGCCCACCUGCUGUGAUAUCUGUCGUUAAGAACACAGAGGUCCAAGGUCAGGAAGAGGGGACGAUCUCAGUAGACGUGACUGGUCAGGAGAAGAGGCAGGCUAUAUUAGAAGAGAUGCUAAGGACUCCACCCAAACCGAUAGAGAUGGAGGAUCCAGCAGACUUGGAGUCAGUGGUCCUGGAGGAGUGCCCAAAGCAGGCCUCAAAUUCACCGGCUGGAGUAGUGCAGGCCUGGGAGAAACGAGCUCUGCCGCUGGGGCCACCAGAGGGCAGAGUAACACCAGCAGAAACCAAAGAGGUUGGGGAGAAAGCAGAGAAGCAACCUGAAUCCUCCGGUAUAGCACCUGUGUAUGAGGAACCUCUGUUUGUGAAGCUGUGCUCCUCGCCGGCCCACCGCCGUACUGCAGCUCUGGUUCUUAUGUCAGCCCAGUCAUCCAUGGAGGACUCGUCCUCUUCUCUAGCCUCACGCUCUCGCUCCGUCUCUCCUCUCCGCUCCAAACACCACAACGCCCUCCUCAUCGGCCUCUCCACCGGCCAGUUUGAUGCCAAUAACCCAAAGAUGCUGCGUACCUGCUCUCUACCAGACCUCAGCAGACUGUUCAGCUCUCUACAGGAGGCAGGAGGGGCCAACGGGGCGGUUGCCCCUGACAACGACAACAAUCUGGAUAUAGAGGACAUGGAAGAGGAGGAAGAGGCCAAAGAGGAUGAACAAUCAGAGACUGAAGAUGUGUAUGAGGAUGAUGACUUGAGGGAGCUAAGGGCCUCCAUGGAGAGACUCCUGCAGGAGGAGCGCAGCGAGGAAGAUGAGGGGGGAUCUGGCUCUAAUUCUGGUAGUCCUCCAGAGGAAGAGGGAGGUGAUGGCUUUAACGGCAACCCUGCUGAGGAUGAAGAUGAUGAGGAGCUGAACGGGAUGGCUGUGGAUGAGGAGGAGUGUUCUAAUGGGAGUCCAGGUGAUGAAGAGGCAGGACACACACUCACCAACGGACUGGAAGAAGAGGAGCACCACAGCAGUGAGAGCCAGCUCAAUGAAGAAUGGCAAUCAGAUGACAGUGGUGAGGAGGAGGACGGUGCGGCUGGACAGCAGGACAGCAUAUUCAGCCGUCUGGAGGAGCUGCGGUUUAACCUGGAGCAGGAGAUGGGCUUUGAGAACUUUAUAGAGGCCUACAACAAGAUCAAGGCAAUUCAUGAAGAUGAGGAUGAGAACAUUGACAUGGGCCCCGACAUGGUACUGAACAUCCUGGGGACUGAGCACCAGCACCUGUACCCCAACAUCCUUCACCUGGUCAUGGCUGAUGGAGCCUACCAAGAGGAUAAUGAUGAAUAGGGGAUAUGCGUCCAAGCCGCUGGCAGCUUCUGACAAUCUGCUAGUCAUCUGAUGUCUUCCCAAGGUGCACUGCAUGUGGUAGACGACUCUCUGCAUGGAGGGUUGGGGCCAUAGAUGGAUCUGGGAGGGGUUGGAGGCAGGCUCUGGCACAGUUGCAUGAUUGAAUAGGCUAUCUAGUACACUGAUGUCUGUAUUUCCUACUUCCACACAACACCGGACUCACUCUUUUUUUAACUUCAUGUUCAUAUGAAAGUGCAUUAUCAAGAAAUACUUUCUGGUAACCAAAGUUAAAUGGAAGGUUUCGUCAAACAUAAAUCUGUCUGUAUCUGUUGGAAUAUAUUGAUGGACCAACACCAUAUUAAAUGGUCAAUUUAAAGGUCAAACUGGUGAUUGUACAUGUGAUAUUCCUAAUGCUGGGGUUAGGACCACCCAGUCACCAUCCUCACAAUACAAACCAGGUCAACUUCUAUAAACGUGCAAAACAUAUUUUCCAUAAAAACCUGUUGGACCUCCUUUUUUCAUAUAGCUAAAUGUUAUCUAAUAUGCAUUUUCACAUUUCUUACCUGUUCCGUUAAUCCCAAAAUAUGUGUUCAGCUCAAAAGGAAGAUCACUUUUUGUUUAAGGAUGUUGUAUGUUGGCAUGGUAGCAGCUCCAAGGGACUGCUACUUGUUUGCUUUAUGUCAAGUCAGAUUGUUUACUCUGUUAAGAGAUUUGUAAAGAUAUAAAUUACUGGUAAUGAUGUUGAUUUUAACGCGUUAUUCUUAUUUGAUAAUAAAGGAAAUAUUGUAAAUAAAUGCUUUUUUCUAAUCUU